AUGUGGGUUCACGUGCCCAUUGGCUGGUGUGUCCACGAGCGUUUCUGCAAGUGCGCACCUGCUGACAUGAAUGCCUUGCGCUUUCUCUUUCAGCUGUCGAAGCUGCCCCAGAAUCAGCGGAAACAGCUCCUGCAUAACAACCCCGAGUCUUCCCCAGACCUGCCCAUCAUCAGGCUGGCGGAUGGGAGCAACCGCUGUGAAGGUCGCAUCGAGGUGUACCACAACGGCACGUGGGGGACCGUGUGUGAUGACCUCUGGAGCAUCGGCGCAGCCCGCGUUGUGUGCCGGCAGCUGGACUGCGGGGAGGGCGUCAGAGCCCUGGGGAACGGCCACUUUGGGGAAGGUGUGGGGAGCAUCCUCCUGGACGACGUGCAGUGCCGGGGCAAUGAGACCACACUAGGCCAGUGCCGGCACCUGGGUUUGUCCAUCCACAACUGUGGCCACCAUGAGGACGCCGGGGUCAUCUGCUCAGUUUCAGCAUCAGCCACAGAAAUGACCACUUCACCUGGUAAUUUUCUUUUCUUGCUUGCCUUAUGA